GAAUAAUGUGUGGAUGGCAGCUCUUAAAGAUCUGAGUUUAGUUGCAAAAGUAUUAGUAGGUGACUUUCUGUUCAAGUCAUCCACUACUUUUCAUUGGCUGGCUGAGGCCUUUGAGGGUUGUUGGAGAGAAGAUGGCAGGCUUUACAGAGCUGGAGUUUUCCGGUAUACUUAUUGGGACCAUGGUGGGAAUAUGGAUAAUUUUAUGGCUGCUGGACUAUAUCCAGCAGAAAAUAAUAAUGUGGAUGGAAAUACAGAGGAAGAAGAGUGAGAUGGGGAGGAAGAUAAGGAGAAGGAGAGAGCAGAAGAAGAGGAGAAUGGAGGAGGAGAGUGUGAGGAUGGAGGAAGAGAGGAAGAGGAUGGAGGAGGAGAUGAAGAGGAUGGAGGAGGAGAGGAUGAGGAUGGAGGUGGAGAGGAAGAAGAUGGAGUAUGACCCAGAAAAUCCAUUUGCCAAUAUCAUCCAAGAAGAGAUUAUAGACUGGGUGAAGUCAGUGGCAGGCUGAAAGAGAAGAAAAUAAUAUCAAUCUUACAUAACAUCUGAAGAACCAAAAACAACGAGAGGAAAAAAGAAAUGAACACCAAUAGUAAAAAAUUAUAAAAAUAACAUCAUCCUCUUUUUUAAAAAUCUAAUAAAAUGUUUUUUAACCUCUUAAGGAUGCCCAGUAUCUCAGUCGGGCUAAUCGGGACCACUGUGCUGAAACCGCAGUGUCCCGAUCAGCUAGGAUGCACGAGGAGGGUCCCUUACCUGCCUCCUCGGCAUCUGAUCGCCGAAUGUCUGCUCCUUGUCUGAUAUCCAGGCAGGAGCAGUCAAUCGGCUAUAACACUGCCUGUAAGAGAUCACUAUAUAUCCGGUUAUCAUCCCCUAUGGGGGCUAUAACAUUGCAAAAAAAAGUGAGAAAAAAGUUAGUAAAGAUA